CCGAGAAGUCUCAAACCCCCGUACCACGGGCUGGGCAAUAAACUGGACGAAGUCCGAGCCGAGCUGUCCAUCGCCGAAAUACUCAUCAUCGAUGAGAUUUCCAUGGUGUCGAAAGACCUCUUCGCCUACGUGAAUGCCAGGUUGAAACAAAUCAAAGGAAUUAAUUUACCUUUCGGUGGCAUGUCUGUUCUUGCUGUUGGAGAUUUCUUUCAGCUCCCUCCCGUGAGACAGUCCAAACCUCUGUGCGUGUACGAUCCUACGCGGCUGGACCACUGGCGUGACGACUUCAAAAAGAUCACGCUCACCGCCAUCAUGAGGCAGAAAGACGAUGUCGCCUUUGCCGAACUGCUGAACCGACUCCGCGUCAAAGAAAAGUCAGAUGAACUGUCGGAAAUGGACAGAGCUCUCCUUGCCACGAGGUACACUUCCCCAGAAAUGUGUCCAAAGCAUAUUCUGCAUGUUUUUGCCACCAAUAAACAGGUGGAUGGCCAUAACUCUGCGAUGCUGGAACUGCUUCAUAAGGACAUUGUGCAGAUUGACGCGGAUGACUACAAGAAAGACAAAGGAACUGGCAGAAUGGCAAGGCAAGCUUCCCCUGUGCAAGGCGCUAAGAAUGAGCUCCCGGACUCCAUCAAAGUUGCCCUGGGUGCUCGUGUUAUGAUCACACGGAACGUUGAUGUUCAAUCAGACUGGAGGAGAAGCUGAACAAGGCUGGAGUGACGCGCCGACAGUUUCCCAUCAAGCUUGCUUUUGCCUGCACGAUCCACAAGGUACAAGGCAUGACAACGUCACAGGCUGCAGUUUCGCUGAAAGGUGUUUUCGAACACGGCAUGGGGUACGUAGCUCUGAGUAGAGUGACUUCGCUCAGUGGUCUGCAUAUUCUGCAUAUGGAUGAGAGAAGGCUUCAUGCAAAUCCACAAAUCACUGCUGCUCUUGCUGAGAUGGCAGAGGAUUCUUUGGAGAGCGUCAUGCCCCUCCUUCACGUGAUGCCGUCGGUAGAUCGGGCAAAUCACCUGGUUGUCGUCCAUCAUAACACCGAAGGGCUGUCUUGUCACGUGCAAGAUAUCGUGUCUCAUCACGAACUGCUUUUCGCUGAUGUUUUGUGCUUCACAGAGACACACCUCCAAGGAUCAGUGGCCGAUGGACGUGCUUGCUUGGAAGGCUACACGAUGUUUUGCAGGAACCGAAGUGAUUCUUACACAAACUGUCCUGACUUGGCGACAAAACGUGGUGGCGGCGUAGGUAUUUGUGUCAAAAGUCACAUCGCGGCCCAGGAAAAGAAAUACGUUCAGGGUGUGACCGACAUUGAAUUUGUUGUGGUGAAACUUGAAGAUCCCCUCAAUGUGUUGAUUGCUGCCGUUUACAGGCCUCCAGGCAACAGUCUGCGCACUUUUCUGCCAAGCUUGGGAAAUCUCUUGCGGUACCUUGAAGUAAUGGAGCAUCAUCAGAUCUUGGUAUGUGGAGAUUUUAAUGAAGAUAUGCUAUCUGCCUCAUUCAAGCCCAUUCUUGAUUUGUUCCGCUCGAAAGGCUACACGCAACUCAUAGCCACUGCUACCACUGACAAAAACACAUUGCUUGACCUCAUUUUUGUCUCUCGACCUCAGUGUGCCCUUCAUUCAGGUGUCCUGCAAACGUACUACAGCUAUCACAAUCCUGUUUUCUGUGUUUUGACCAGUGAAAGGUAAGUCACAGCUAAAUCAGCAUUUUCUAAAACAACAAGGAUGGAAAUCGAAACGUCAACGGUGUCGUAAGUGUAUAAUAAUAGUGGUGGGAUGCGGUGGGUGAUUUGUUGACUUGAGGAGAGAUGGGAUCCAGAGUGGAAGUGCUCAUUACUUGACCUCUUUUUCUUUCUCUCGACCUCUGUGCUCUUUAUUCAGGUUCCGUGCGAACAUACAACAGCUAUCACAAUCCUGUUUUCUGUGUUUUGACCAGUGAAAGGUAAGUCAAAUCUAUAUCAUGUUUUUCAGUAGUUGGAAAAACAACGAGGACAGACGUCGAAUGGCGUAAGUGUAUAAUAUUAGUGGUGGGAUGUGGUGGGUGAUUUGUUGACUAGAGAUGAAAUGGGAUCUGGGGCUCAGAAUGGUAAACGUAAUGUUGCCAUUAGCCUCACAAUUUCCACAUAGAAAAUAACUACCAACCCAUGUGGAUAGCGAUAGCUGGAAAAGCAGCUUUAUACUGAUAAUAUAAAUUGGUGGCAAUGAAGUCCACCCCUAUUUUGGACACUGAGGUUUGUGCAUGAUGCUAGCAAUAAACCUGUUGCCUGGCUGGCAUUACAAAUGGAGAAAACAUCGAAUUGGAAAAUACUUAUCGAUGGCAAAGGUUUGCUUGACGCGAGAAACAUGCUUCAGAGUGAGUGAAGGGGAGACGGAGAGGAGUGGCCUUUUUAACUUGGAUUCACUUUUAUCAUUUUUAAAUGGUCCCAGGCAAAUCAUAGAAGAGUGAUAAAUGGAAACAAACCGUGAGUAAAGCCUUACAUGAAACUGUCAUUAAAAAGUAUCAUGAGUAAAGGUGGUCAUACAUGUAAAGACAAGGACAGUUGAUGUAGCUGAACUCAUGUCUGUGGUGGUAAGUUGAGAUGGGCCUGUAUGUUGAGAUGGAAUGGGGGUUGUUGUGGACUCAAGUUCAGUUAAGGGAAGGCCAAGGCUUUUGAAAUUUUCUACAAGCCUUCCCUUAACUUGAUGUAACUUUUUAAAAUUUUAAACUUUUUAGACUUUUUAAUUAGCUUUCAAAAAGUCUUCCCUUAACUCAAGUUGAUUUAACUUUUUAACUUGUAACAUUUUUAACUUUUUAAACUUUUAACUUAAAAUGCUCACUUUCUAAAUUUUUAACUCUUGUAACAUUUUUAACUUUUUAAACUUUUAACUUAAAAUGCUCACUUUCUAAAUUUUUAACUCUUGUAACAUUUUUAACUUUUUAAACUUUUAACUUAAAAUGUUUCACUUUCCAAAUUUUUAACUUUUGAAACUUUUACAUUUUUUAAACUAUCUUAGACGAGUUAAGGGGAGACUUUUUAGCGUUUUACAUGUUUUUAUUUCUGAUUUUAGUUAUAGAAAGGCCUUUUAAACUUUUUUUUUUGAAUUGUUUUUCACAUUAAUUACUUCAUUUUUUUAUGUAUUAUAUUUUUUCUACGUCAUAAUCGUGAGGCGACAACAGAAAACAGACGAGUUCAUUUUAUGUGGCGAAAGCAGCUCAUCCACAGUCCACUGACCAAAGACAUCCUCUCUUCGGCCAUGUACCAGCCAAAUGCCGCCUUAAGUCCAGGAAAAGUUUUCUGAAAAGUGUCCCACCCCUCAGAACGCCGAACACAGGCAGUGAAAGAGUCACUCGGCGGGAAGAAAGACUUGACAAUCUUCCACCAGAAACUACAAUGGAGCUUAAAGCAAGCGAGGCAAUGACCCCAGGAGCAGACACCAACUAUGUAUGCAACGUGGAAAUGCCUAAAUAGACUAAGAUCUGGUGUUGGACGUGCAAAAGUCACUCUCGCCAAAUGGGGACAUCUGGAGGAUCGGAACAGCGAGUGUGACUGUGGCACUGAACCACAGACCAUGCAACACCUCCUGCCCCUGCUGGAACAUCCCUGCACAGCAUCGAAUUUAGCAGAGUUUAACGAGAAGGGACAGAAAUGUGUUCAGCUGUGGCUCAACCACAUCUAGCCAAGCCUGUAACUAACUGCCUUGUAGCCACGAUAAGAAGAAGCUCAUCCCAGAAUCGAGGCCAGAGGUAGCCAUGACAUAUUACUUUAUUGUAAUAGGGCAACAGUUUCAAGAACACCUGUAUAAGGGAGGCCUGCAUCAUGGAACACAAACUCCCAAACACACAUGACUUCUCCUGCUUCUUCUGUGAGUAGCCAAGA